GCAAAACCUUUGGCGUGGCGGCUGCAAUCCAGAUUUCCCUUAUCCUUUUCGCAUCCAUGAGGGUUGAAGAGCCCCUAAAACCCGGCAUAUAACCGUUUUAACCCAUUUUUAAAGACUCGCGUUGAGGGCACAUGCACUAAGCCUGUUACAGGCAUAAAGUACGAAUCGCAUGGAACCACAGACUGUCGCUGAGAAUCACAUCACGAAGGCGGAACAGAAGUUUUGUCUGAGGACCUCGGAAAGACCCAGGGUAUAAAGAGUGGCGUGACACCCAGGGAGAUCUUUUUCUACGGCUUUCGAGUUAAGCAAAACCCCUGCAAGUCACUCUUUGCUCUCUCACCUUUGAGUUCAUCCUGAACGUACAGUUUAUGAGUAAUUGGUCCUCAAAAUGACUACACCAAGCGCAACUCCAGGCUACAUCCCAGUCUCCGAGUGGCCAAACCUUGAAGCCCUCGCAGUCGGCUACAGCGAGCACCUGAUGGCCGAGUCACACAAGCUCACCGGAAAGCGCUUAGCCCUGCUCUUCACCGACGCCGAUUCCGCAUGCAUCGUGCAUCACUUCGUCGACGACAGCACUUUGGACUGGGAGGUCCAGGGGACCAACCAGACAGGCACUGCGCAGUACAAGGCAUUCGAAGUGCGCCCGAACAUCUUUUUCGUCGAUUUUUAUAAGCCAGAUUAUGAAGAGCAAGUCAGUCUAGUCAUGAACAUGCGCACCGGCCAGGCAAUCGUGGCACUAUCAGGCUUUCACAUCAAAGAAGGACAGAAGAGAACCUGGACGCGAUUCUCCAACACCUCCAUUGCCGGUUUCAGCAACGUCGCACCCUUUGCACCAUCGGCGGAUCUCAUCGGAAAACACAUUCUCUACCAAUACACACCCCGAGAUUCCUAUGAGCACAUAUAUCUGAACCAAGGCACAUUUACCUGGCAUUGUCUAAGCGGGACGGAAAAGGGACUCGCAGACACUGAGCCAUGCAAGAUGCUGAAACUGGACGAGGAACUGUAUCUUCUGUACUGGAGCGAGAAGAUCAUGCCGGUGGAAUCGGUUGUGGUGGUGGAUCUCCAGCAGAUGCGCUCGACAGGUCGAUUCUUCUGCUGGGACCCGAAGCCGGCAAAGUUGGUUCAGAUGUCGUUUGGUUCGUACGCUACUGUUUUGGCAGAAACAAAUGCUGCUGAGGCGGUUACUAGAGGGUCUCGCAUUUGAUGGUGCCGGAUAGCAUAGAUGACCUUUAGUUUACUUAGAGAGCGUGUUGCACGGCUGACCGAAUUGCACGGCCAGGUGGACCACUUUAUACGUUGCUAAAUUUUCAAAACCAG